ACAGUUUGUCAUAAAGUUCAAAUAGUAAGCUUCCUCUAUAUGUUAGAGUUCAUGUAUCACAAACAGUUGCUGUUUUGUUGAACAACAAGACACUUGAAGCUUCUAACUGUAGAAAACUGUGUGGGUCAUUCAUACCAAAUUGUAGCAAUAUAUGAUACUGUUUAGUUACUGUUGAAUGAUAAAAAAAAACACAUUCGUGAGAAAAAGUUGCAAUAUAAAACAACAUUCUGUCAAAUGGUUUGUACGCAGUACACCCACACAUGAGAAAUUCAACAUAUGCUACUCAUAUUUAACAGUUUGGGAUACUGUGGCAUUUAUUAGUAUUUGUUAGCGUCUUCUUUAGCACUGUGUGCCUACAGUAAUAAAGAUACACGCCUAAAAAAAUAACGCUGAGCCAGUGCAAGUUUAGCAUUGAAUCGUCAUACCAAGCUGUUUUUCUCUAAUGUAAAUCAGCCCUCUAGUCACUCAAGUAAAUAAAAGUGAAACAAAUUAAAUGUUACAUUGUUUCUCCGUUUGGUAUAUGGAUGUUUUUUUAAAGUACGAUGAUUUUUGAUCGUUAUUAUUGAAUUUUAUUUCGCGGCCACUGCAUCACUUUUUUAAGCGUGUAUGUUUUUGCUGCAUCAGCAUCAGUGCCGUGCUCGUCAAAGCAAAAAAGCGUCUGUUUUUUGAAGUAUCCUGCGGAUUGUUCGGGUGCGCAAAAAAGUUCCGUUCCGUUCCCCCUGCUGCUGUUUCCAGAAGACGCCGGCCGGCCGGUACCUACUGCUGAUGCAAUUUAACAAAAUAUCAACACGCGACUUGCAUCUCGGCUCGAAGAAAAAAAAACUGCGAGGCGGCCAACUACGUGAACGGGAAGGCUGUUGUUAUGGGAAGUCCGAAACACCCCAUCGGUGCUGCAAAAAUUUUCGAAACUAUCCAUAAAACCAUGAAGAUCGGCCGCCAGGUGUCGAUCCACAAGCACCACGAGGACCGGAAGAUGUGCGUCAAAGAGCGCUUCAAUUAUGAACUAGCUGAAACGCGAACAACAUCGGAGAUUCCGGCCAGAAGCGAGAAGCGCAAUGCCUAUGAACAGGUGGACAAGAAGCGCAUAGCUCGGAAUGUUCGCGGGAAGGAAACAGAAGUGGAAGCUACGGAAAGGACUGAGCAGCAACCACGACGCCGGAAACAAGUUGGAUGAGUUCGUGUAAUGCAAGAUCUUUCUUUGCAUUUCGUGACUAGGACGGAAACGGAACCAACCAGCCCGAUGGCAGUUGCGCACACUGAUAAAGUACGAACCAUAAAGAGUGGUUGAGUGAAGCAUCUUCCCGUAAACGAAACCACCCGGAAGAGAGAAUGGCGUGUUCACUUACGUUAUAUCUUCAAAAAGUUUAUGAUUGAAUCUCGGAUUAAAUUUAAAUCGGUAAUAAUUAUAUAUGUUGUAAUAAAUAUGUAUCGUAUUUAAUAUUUUUUUAUUUAGCUACAAUAAUGCAAGUAA